GGACCUUGGCCUUGGAUACAGGUGUUAUGACAGGGUUGUAGACUUCUGUAACAACAACCACUAUUGAAUAUCUGAGUUAUACUUUAUUGUCUCUCAUUUCCAGGUGAACGAUUAGAAUAUUGAUGCGCCCCAUUCUGGCACCGAGCAUCCAUUACGCAUGGAGUUUCCAUCGUCUUUUUCAAUCAAUCAAGGGAUCCAUCUUGGACAUUGUUAUCAGAUAUUGCUCUUUUACCAUAUUGGCUACAUAGACCUUUGUGUAUAAAAGACCUGACAGAGAGAGCUGGCAAUAUCAUUCGCACUUGCUGACUUCGUUUAGUACAGACUGUUACGUACGAUCACCUCUCUUAAGGUAAUUGCCACUGUCAUUUUCACACAAAAAAAUAGCUUUUUGCAUUCCCUACUUCUAAUAAUCUAAAGCUUUAUUGUAAGAAAACACGUAUUCUGCAUCUAGGCAUGGCAAUGAGUGGAUUGUUGGUGUGCGUCCUCAUGGCAGCGCUGGUGAGUGUUGGUUUGACAUCUCCCGUAUCCAAGUCGGAUGGCAACACCAAACAGGGUGGGAUACUGCCACAGCUACUGGCCAGGAGGGAGGCAGUGAGGAAUGUUGCGGAGAACAUCGCUAAGCGGGUGCAAGACCCUCAAACGAGCAUUACACGGAUGGAGAGGAUGUCGCACCUGUCGGAGGACCAGCGCGAGUUCAUGUCCAAGCAAAUCAUGCAGGCCAUCUCAGAGAUGAUGAACGAGUGUCCGGACUGGGACUACCAAGGAUGGGUAGACUUUGGACGGCGGAGUGCAGAGUAGAGAUGUACCACAUCUUCAGUUACUCAGGAAUCCAUUCCUAUUUGAAGUAGAUUGUAAAUUUGAAUUGGAUUAUGUCAUGAGUUUUGCUUUUAACCCACGUGUCAUAAUAAACAUGUUUGCAGUA